AAUGAAAAGCAAACAAUGCAAAACCUAAAUGACCGCCUGGCCACAUAUUUAGAUAAAGUCCAUGCUUUAGAAGAGGCAAAUGCAGACCUUGAGGCUAAAAUCAAGAACUGGUAUGACCAGAAUAGCAGUAGUUCUACCACAACAGGAGGAAAAGACUACAGCCAAUAUUUACAAACAAUUGAAGACCUCCAAACUCAGAUACAAAAUACAGUUAACGACAAUGCAAGCAUCAUUUUGGCAAUUGACAAUUCUCGACUGGCAGUAGAUGAUUUCAGGAUGAAGUAUGAGAGUGAAUUUCAUCUGCGCCAGAGUGUUGAGGCAGAUAUAAAUGGCCUUCGAAAGGUCUUGGAUGAUCUAACCCUUAGCCAGUCUGACUUUGAGAUGCAAGCUGAAAGCCUCACAGAGGAGAUUUCCUUUCUCAACAAGAAUCAUGAAGAUGAAGUACAGUCUAACCAGGGAACCACUGUUGGCCAAGUCAAUGUCGAAAUGGAUGCAGCCCCAGGAAAAGAUCUGACAAAGAUACUCAAUGACAUGAGAAGCCAAUAUGAAGCUCUUGCAGAGAAGAACCGCAAGGAUGCCGAGGACUUGUUUAAUCAACAGAGUAGUCAAAUAACACAACAAAUCAAUGUAGGAGUCCAACAACAGCAGUCAAACAAAACUGAGAUUACUGAACUGAGGCGUACUCUUCAAUCGCUGGAAAUGGAGCUACAAGCCCAGUAUGCCAUGAAACAAUCCUUGGAGGAAUCAUUGGCAGAACAAGAAGGUAGCUACUGCUUGCAAAUAUCACAAAUCCAAAUGAUAAUCAGCAGUGUGGAAGAUCAGUUGGAACAAAUAAAAAAUGAUACUGCAUGCCAGAAGUCUGAGUAUGAAACACUUUUGGACAUCAAAGUCCGUCUGGAACAGGAGAUUGCCACCUAUCAGAAACUUUUGGAUGAAGGAGAUUCUGAGGUUGGACAAGUUACAACACAACAAGGGAGCAGGACUACAACUACUAGUCAAGCUUCCCGAGCUGGAGGCACAUCAGUCCAGUCUUCCAGAGCUUCUACAACUCAAAGUUCAAGGUCUGCAACUUCAACUUCUCAAACUUCAGGAGCAGGAAGUGUAGUUUCUGGAAGUGGAGGCCUUGGUGCUUCAGCUACUUCUGGAAGUAGACUUUCUAGUGGCUUACGUUCCUCUAUUCAGACCUCUAGUAUUACAACAUCUUCUGCAACUAAAGCAAAAACUAGGAGGACAAUAGUGAAAACUGAAACCUACAUUGAUGGCAACAUUGUGGACUCAAAAACUGAAGAAAUUGAAGAGCCAGUUAAAUGA